GGCGUUGGUUGUAGUCUUAUCUAUGUUCCUACGCGUUUAAGCUUCAAGCCAUUAAAUAAUACAAUUAGAGAACAUUUGUUUUGUCUAAUAUGUUUAAUAAGUUUUGGUAAAUCGACGUUGUUGGCAUCAGAUUGUGUGAAAUGGCUGGAAUCAUGGAAACUGAGGAGCAGGCAAGACAUCGCUUUCAGGCUGAGCUGGAGUUUAUUCAGUGUCUGGCAAACCCGAAUUAUCUGAACUUUUUAGCUCAAAGAGGCUACAUGAGAGAAAAGCCUUUCAUCAAUUAUCUGAAGUAUUUGCUUUACUGGAAGGAACCUGAAUAUGCUAAAUUCUUAAAAUAUCCACACUGCCUGCACAUGUUGGAGCUGUUGCAGUAUGAGCACUUCAGAAAGGAGCUAGUGAAUGCUCAGUGUGCCAAGUUCAUUGACGAGCAGCAGAUCCUGCAUUGGCAGCACUACUCACGCAAACGUACACGUCUUCAGCAAGCUCUCGCAGAGCAGCAGCAGCAGCAGCAACAGCAGACCGCUCCGCACAACAACACUGUCUCUAAAUGAACAUGUCGCACAUUACCUAGUGAUGUGCACAGAGAGCAUGGACAUUAUGUAAAAUAUGUACAGUUUCUGCUAUUUCUUGGUUUGGUGACACUGAAGUAGGUUUAACAGAUUUGUUAUUCAGACUGUCAGACUUACUUUUUAUGUUUUGUUUAGAUGGAAUUGACAUUUGUGCUAUUGUUUAUCUUAUAAUGCCAGGUAGUUCAAUACAAAUUUAAACCUCACCUGU